AUGGCUUCACCCGUGUCCAGGAAGCGCAAGUCUACGGACGAACACCACCAGUCGCGCAACGCCGACGGCUCAUGGACGCCCAGCACUGGCCCUGUACAGAAGAAAUUGAGAAUCACACAAAGCCAGAAACAGGCUCUUAUCGACAAUCUGCAGCUUGAGAUCACCGAGCGUGCCCGCAAUCUUCGUGCCCAUUACGCCCUGCAGGCACAGGACCUUCGAGCACGGAUCGAGCGCCGCGUCAAUCGGAUCCCAGUUGCCCUGCGAAAGGCGAACAUAGGCGAAUUGUUUGAGAAAUACAAGUCAGCCAACCAAAGCGGCCAAGCGGCUCCUUCACUCGAGAAACAACCCUCCAAAACUACUACCAAUGUGAAAGCCUCCUCUGGCGAUGUCAGAUAUCCAUCUAUCUCUCCAGGAAAGACGCACCCUCGAGGCAUCAAGCGUCAAAGCGAAGUGAAUCUGUACUCAGACAAGGAAAAUGCACCGGCAUCCACUGAUACUUAUGAUAAGAUUGAUGUGCCCAAGAAACGUGGAAAUCCAAAGACUAUGGCUGGCCCGUCACGAGUUAUAUCGCAGACAAUGCGAGAAGCGGACGCCAAGAUACUAUCGCCGAAAUCUAACAACUCGCGAACGUACGCUGUCUCUCCAUUGAAGGCUUCCCCUGAGAAACAUCACCUGUCCUACAUGUCACGCCCUGUCUCUCCAUUUAAGCUCUCUAGCCCGAUCAAACCAGGCACAGUGGUCGCGGCAAUGGUUGAUAAUGCUCGAGCUCGCGCCAGAGACACUGCGUCCAAGGACAACAGACCUCCUUCGCAGGCGAGGAAGACUACAACACGACCAGCCUCGAGGGCGACACCUUCGUCGCUGAAGUCUCCCGCCCGUCCAGCAACCCGCCAACAGGAUCGCACUGUCAGCAGUGGUACUACAGCUUCAAACACGUCCUCAGGGACCACUGUCGUCAGGUCGACACGGACUGGCGCAGGUACAAGAAAGGCCGGUCCCACAGCAGCAACAAAAAAGACAGUUGCCAGGAGCCAAGCCGCAACAGCCACCUCGGCUGCUAAGAAGACCGCCACCGCGUCCCGAAGGGCUGGCACAGCAACGCCAGUCUCAGAGACUCCUGCUACGGGACGGCGCGUAUUGAGAAGACGAGUCUAG